AAAAACCCUUGAUGUUAGCAUGCUGAAUGCCAAGUAUUCGUCAUUCUUUGUAAUUAUUCUUUGUUAAUUUUUAGUCAUGGAUGCGUGUGGUAGAAAAGUACUCGAUGUCGUUGAAGCAAUUAGAAACCUGAAAUGGGUUUUUAUUGACAAUGCGGAUAAGUUUGAGUACGAAGCCGAGCGAGCUGUUAUAAGAACAAGAAGGUACACGGUAGAAGAGUGUAACGAAGAAGCUACCAAAUACCACAAGGGAGCAAGAAUAUGUGAAGACUAUCUCUCUGACGUAAUAUGCAUGUGUUGCUUUUUAAAAAAAAUAAAAAAUCUAGGGCUGACUGAUUUCUUAAAUGACCUAAAAGAUGUUCUACCUACUGAAGAUGAAGGGUUUUCAUUUCAAAACAACAUAUCGUUAAAAUUGGAGGAAUUUAUGAAAAAGAUCAAGGAACUAAAGGAAAAAAUAAAACAAUUUGAAGAUAAACAAAUAAUGUUUAAGUCUUUUAGUAAACUGCACUUAAGGACACCCAUAAGUAAACCGUACACUAUGUAAUUGUUGUUUUAAUAAAUUAUUAUAAUACUAAUUGACUCUUUUAUUUAUUUAUAAUUAAGAAAUAAAACAAAAAAUAAUAUAAUAUAUUUUUAUUUUUGCAUUAAAAAAGUAUCAUACAACCAAAAUACAUUAGAUAAAGCACAAAUACAUUUUUCACUAUUAUGAUAAAAACAAGCAGGUUCCUUAACUUCUAAUGUUGGUUGUACAUCCAAUUCGUAUAAAGGAAUAGCAAUGUAUUUUUUUAAAUAAUUUUUCUUUUCCAUGAUAAGGAUAUCGUUCAGAAUUAAGGAACAUACGAAUAUUUGUUAAAUUGCAGUGAUCAAAUUUACUCAUAUCUUUCAGCAUUUUUCCUUUUCGACCAUCAUGGAAAGCUACUACAAUAUGACGAGGACUUUCUAAUUUUAUAGUUGUUUUUACUGGCCAAGUAUGACGUGUUGAAUUAUUUAAAGUGAGAUAUUCAAUUAAUUCCCAACUUCUAAAUUUUAUAGGUAGUUCCGUAUUAUUACGAACUAUUUUGUUUAGCCGCAAUUGUUCGCUAAUAUUAGGUAAAAUAUGAGGUACAUUCCAAUAAAGUUUAUUAAUUUCAAUUUUUGGUUUUUCUGUUUCAUCUGUAGCAAUAAUAGCAUCAAUAUCAUCUUUUUCUCGUAUCAAGACUAAUUCCUGUCUCAUAUUAAUGAUAAUUCUUUGAAAAUCUUCAACAGGAAACAUAGAAUAGUAAAACUAGUCAGAUCAUGGAAUGGGCGAUAUGGUGCUAAAAAUUUAAUUUCUAGUGCCCGGUUUCAUAGCAGAAAAAUAUUCAAUGACAAUUUAGUAGCUAUAGAACUGAUUAAAUCAGAUCUAGUUUUUAAUAAACCCUUGUACAUUGGCAUGACUGUUUUAGAUAUAUCAAAAUUAUGUAUGUACCAAUUUCAUUACGACUAUAUGCUUCCAAAAUUGGGCGCAGAUAAAUGUAAUUUAAUGUAUAUGGAUACCGAUAGCUUUAUUUAUGAACUGUACUGUCAUGAUGCAUAUGAGGAAGUAAUAAAACAAGAUCUAUCAAAAUUUGAUACAUCCGAUUACGCUGUAGAUAAUAUCUAUAAUAUUCCUCGAGUAAAUAAAAAAGUUUUAGGAGUAAUGAAGGAUGAAAAUAAAGGAGAAAUUAUGACAAAAUUUGUGGGAUUACGAUCAAAAAUGUAUACUUUUAAAGUUCAAUCUGGUCGAAUCACUAAAAAAGCAAAAGGGACUAAAUAUAAUAUAGUAAAAAAUGUUAUAAAAUUCGAUGAUUAUGUAAACUGUUUAAAUGAUUUUAAGGAACAAACUGCUACUCGACACUCCAUUCGGUCAUAUAGCCAUAACGUUUAUAGUAUAGAACAAACAAAAAUUGCGCUAAGUCCUUAUGACGAUAAAAGAUAUUUAAUUCCAAAUAGUUUUAGAACCCUACCAUUGGGACGUUACAGUAUUUUAGAAUAGAUUUUUUUUUGUAGAUGAAUGUUCCAUCAUUGACCGACCUGUCUAUCAAAAAAAUCUGUGAAACAACAGUAUCAGCAUCAUAUUUCAUCGAGCAGUCCCCCUUGCCGUGGACAUUAACAAAAAUAAUAUUAAAAAAAUUUCCUUUAUAUAAAUGGGAAACGAUGAUAAGCAGUGCUAAAAAUGAUCCUAUUCCUUCAUAUAAAGGAAUAGAAUUUAUUGCUUGCUCUAAACACAUACCGUCACAUUUAAGAAAUGUCGUAUUAGGAAAGUCAGAUUGGGGGAGUAUAUUUGAAGAUGAUGUAGAUGAAUGUUCCAUCAUUGACCGACCUGUCUAUCAAAAAAAUCUGUGAAACAACAGUAUCAGCAUCAUAUUUCAUCGAGCAGUCCCCCUUGCCGUGGACAUUAACAAAAAUAAUAUUAAAAAAAUUUCCUUUAUAUAAAUGGGAAACGAUGAUAAGCAGUGCUAAAAAUGAUCCUAUUCCUUCAUAUAAAGGAAUAGAAUUUAUUGCUUGCUCUAAACACAUACCGUCACAUUUAAGAAAUGUCGUAUUAGGAAAGUCAGAUUGGGGGAGUAUAUUUGAAGAUGAACACUCCAGUUAUUGUGUAUGGGCUAAUGGAUAUUAUCUUAAGCAGCAUCGCCUAAACGUAUGUAAAUCAUGUUUUUUUGCAUUCAAAAAUGCUCAUGAGACCUUAAAUAAAUUUUUACUGGUGCGUUACGACCAUACUCACGAAGUUUAUGAUGCUGAUGAUAUCGUUGAAUGCGUAUAUCAGCAACCAUAUUAUUGGUGCAAUAGUUGUUUUACUCACGUUUUAUUCGAUUUAAAAGAUUACGAGUCUUGCGUUAAUGCAUUACAUGAAAUGCCUAGAAAUAACAGGUUUGAUGAUUCUGAACCAGAAGUCUGAAGUAGGCAGUAAUAUUGAUUCUUUUGAGACGAAUGAUAGUGUCGAAUAUCCAUAAGCUACUAUCUCUCUUUCUCUCUUUUUUUGUAAAUAAUAAAGAUAAUAUAAUGUUAUUUUUCUUUCUGUAUUUUAUUCUAUAAUAAAGAUAUAUGUAAACAUU